GAUCCAUUUAUAUAUCACAACCACUUUCCAUGACGAAUUACGAAACGUUUCGUGCCAAUUGCGCAUAACAGAUGGAUGAAUUGAUGGCAUCUUCAACCAAUUGAUGAACCGUGUUUUCAUGAAAUCCCAAAUUUAUUAAAUAUCAAACCAUGGCUUCGAGCCUUCCUAUUCCAGCACCUCCGAGGACACCCACUCCUCCAACUCCUAUCCCACAAGAGCAAGGCAGAUAUACAUGGGAACAACAAGAUGGCACUUCACGAACCGUGCACUCAGAGAUACUUCUGGAUCCCAAUGCUCUCUCACCUACAUUCUCAAACUCGGGUAGAUUUGGCUCAAUGGGAACCCCAAUGUCUCCUCCUUCGGGUUUCUCAAGUCCCAACCUUCAACCAGACGGAAUGAUGAGUGUACCACCUGCCAGAGGAGCUGCGAAUCCUUUUAACUUUCAGACUCAAACCAUAAAGGAUGCGCCAGUUGCCAAAUCGAAUAUUGGCCAGCGCAGAGGUCAUAGAUAUAAACACAGUAGUGUCUCAACUCAACAUCAAAUCUUUCUCGAACCACCUCCUCGAGCACCCCUCGCACUCCCCGCCUCUCUUCCCAUACCCACCUUCAAAGAAGCAUGGAAAAGCAUGUCCAAAGAACAAACUACCCGAAUUGCCUGGUGUCUCUGCCACGCUUUAAUAUCCGCUUUCGUUCUCUAUAGCGCCCAAGGUUCUCUCGCUCUCACCGCGCUAUCCCAUCUUAUAUUUUUCGAUGCCGUAUCUGCUACUAUUUGCGUCGUGGUGGAUGUAUUCUGCAAUUUCGAAGUAUGGAAGCGAUCUUCUAUCCGUCAUCCGUUCGGACUCGAACGUGCAGAAGUAUUAGCGGGGUUCGCCAUGUCGGUUUUCCUGCUAUUCAUGGGGUUCGAUCUUAUAUCUCACAAUCUCAAACACGUUUUGGAAGGAUUAGGCGACCAUUCCCCUCAUCACCCUCAUUCUCAUCAACGAGUUAGUCCCGGCUCGGUUGAUACCGCCGCCUUACUUUCAAUAGUAGCGACUCUCGUUUCAGCAAUUGGGCUCAAGAACCACGCACGAAUAGGAAAAGCAAUGCGUUUCGCCUAUAUAUCAUUUCUCCCUUCCGUUCUCUCAAAUCCUUCGCAUUUCCUAACUCUGAGUUGCAGCACUAUCAUGCUUCUCCUUCCUCUCUUAACCAUUUCUCUCUAUAUCUGGCUCGACCGUCUUCUAUGUACCGUCAUCGCAGUGUCCAUGUUCCUUCUCGGUAUCCGUCUAGCUACCGCUCAGGGGCUCAUGCUUUUAAUGUCCUACUCCGGUGCUGGAGUAUCAGAAGUUGUGAAGGAAAUCGAAUCCGAACCAACAGUUUCCACAGUUGAAGAGGCGAGAUUUUGGCAAGUACAUUAUGGAUUGUGCAUGGCAAAUCUCAAAUUAAGAGUCAGGGGCGAUGAAGGGAAUGUAUUAAAAUUAAGAGAGAAAGUAAAGACAUUGAUUAGGAAUAGACUAGGGGGUGGAUAUGGAAAAGGUGGAGGGAUGAAGUGGGAAGUGACGACACAAUUGGUUGUUGAUGGUAAAUGAGUUUAUUAGGAUGCCCUUGUUAUGUUUUAUUUUUGUUGUACGAGUCAAUGAUUAUGGUAGUCGGACAGGACAGUUGGCGGCCAUUAAUAGAGAUCUAGUUCUGAUUCACCUUUCGGUGUAGCAAGGCGCAUCUUCGGGUUUUGAGAAAAAGCGAGCAUUAAAUUGUAGCGCAUAUAGCAUUGAUCACAUUAUACAUACCAACAUUUGCACAUUCAUCAUGUCAUGUUGCUCCAAAUAUCUAUUGUCUCA